UCACCAGGAAUGAAGCAAAAUUUAUAUAAUAUGAGCCAGACCGGGCCAUCACCCAGAGGAAGUUGUUGUUGGCAGAAAAGAGAGUACAAGUGAGAAAAGAGAAGUGGAAGAGACGGUGGUAGUUCUGGUGGUGGUAGGUUAACUCCUGAGGAUAAAUCGUACUCGGAAACUCCGGGUAAACUUGCUAAGGAUAUAUCCCAGUAACUUUCCUUCGUGACACGGUUGCCAGUGGUUAAGGAUUCGAGCUGAGACGAUAACUGUGCUCCCUCCCGGUGUACAAAUAUAUACAUAUACACUUAUAUACUUACAGGCGCUAUGACUUCAAAGCUCGUACUUUUGAUUUUGGUUGUUGUUUUAGUUGAUGAUUUUGUCGUAACUAACGGGCACCGUUAUCGCAGGUCGCUCGCGUUCCGAAAAGGCAGCACUUUUUUUUAUCGACUCAACUAUAAAAUAGCUUCUGUUGGCUGGACGACCAUUUUCAACCAAGCUUCGGGCUUCAAAGUUUCUUGGCAUUUACCUGACGGCACCAACACCAAACAAAAGCGGUCUAUUUAUGAUUUACACGAUGACAUUAAAUUUUUGUACCAGAGCCACGGGCUUAAUGGUCAAUCCUGCCUCGCACGAAACAUUUGCGAAGCGAUGAGGUACGCGAAGCGUGAGGACGGCGUUAUGGCGAAGAUAUUAAAAUUGUUAGCGCGGUAUGAACCACGAAUUAUUCUAGGAAUGCACACUCGAAUCAAUUAAUCGAGUUUCAUCAUCUAUCUGGCCUUCUCUGCUCUAAUUUUCUCUCUUACGCUCAUUUUCAUAUCCUCAAUCCUCAGUCCUCAAUUGCUCUGUGCUCUCUACUC